CAGUGAGCCUGCGUUCGCGCCGGACGUUCUGAUUGGCUGCGGCGGCGAGCCAAUGGAGAGCUGCGGAACGGCCGUGUUGCUGGGCAGGGACUUAUUUCCGGUGCAAUGGCGGCUCCUCCUGUCGUCACUUCCUGAAGUCCCUGCCUCAGAGCCCUUUAGUCCCUCGUGUGGCCCCGUAGCGGCGGGGCGGGGCGGGGCCAGGCCAGGCCGCCUGCGCCGUCGCUUAUGGCAACAGAGGGACGCGCGCGAGCUGGGCGGGGUAUCGCGGGAUGUCGGGGCAGCGGCGACGAGCGGAUGUGGGAUCUGGCAUCCAUGUGGCACCCUAGGAGCGAGCAGAGACCCCAACCCCUCUGAUGGUUCCCCUAAUCCAGGAAUGGCUACCCCCACGCCGAGCCCCUCCAGCUUCCUCCUUCUGCCCCUCCCAGCCAUUGUCUUCAUCACUGUGGCCGCCUACCUGCUCCUCCUCCUCCUCAUCCUUGCACUGCGCCACUGCCUCCUGGCCCGUGGACUCUGCGCUGACUGUUGCUGGUGUGAGAAGGGGAUGCUGGGGGGGCCCUGCCACUGCUGCCUGGCCUGUGCCGAGGCAUGCGACUGUGCCCCUCCCUCCCUCACCCGCUGCCUGGACAUCUGCUGUCCCCGCCGCCAGGGCUGGGAGCUCAGCACCUGCCCCCCUUUCCCUCGCUGCUGCCCCCUCUGCGACUGUGCCUGUGCCUACCAGCCCCCCGACUGUCAGAGCAUCAAUUGCAUCUGCUUUGAAGUCAAACUGCUCUGAGGGGAGCCCCGCCAGGAAAAUCAGGGGUCUUCCCCAUUAGAGACUCUGACUGGCAUGUAUUCACUACUGCUGGAUUGUGGGGAUCCCCUGCUCCCCAAGUGGGGUGAUCCCUUCCUGAUUUUGUUACACAACCCCCAAUAUUUGUAACUUCCACUUUUAUAAUAAAGCAGCUUUGAGAUA